AUGCCUCACUGCUUCGCUUUCUCCAUGUACGGCGACUGCAAGGCUGCCGAGUGGGAGGCAACAAAUCUGAAGAAGGCGGAGGAGUCUUACGAACGAGUCAACGCAGAAUUAAGUGACCUCCAGAGGAAGCUGGCCAUCGACUACGGCGCCGACUGGGAGUUCCUCUUCUUGAACAGUCAGUGUUUUCAGCUGCAGGUUUAUGAAUACACCUACACCUUGUGCCCGUUCAAUCAAGUGACACAGAAGAGCUCCGCAGGCACCGAGAGCAGAAAGGACGAGAUCCGGGCGCUGCUUGUGGAUGGCUUGGUGGAGUUGGGCCUGCUCUCGCAACCAGUGGCUUCUGAGGGGACUGAUGAGAGUAUCGUGCCUGCGGGAACCCCAAAGCGGGAGGAGAAACCUGGACCUUCAGAUGGUUCUCCCCCUGGGACAAAGAGAGCGGGCGCGGGGGUCGAUGAACCGCCUAACCCUCUGUUCACCCUCCCCCGGUAUGACCCACACUCUCCUCCCACCUCUCCUCGGUCCUUGGAUGCUGCCCGACGCGCUGUGCGCCUGGCCCGCAUUAAAAUGGAAGCUGAGCAGAAGGAACGGGACCGCAGUGCCGAGCUCGAAUUUCAGGUGCGCAAGCUCGAGAUAGAGGCUGACAAAGACGUCAAACUGCUCCGCCUUGAGCUGGAGGCUGAAGGUCGCCUCCCUCCCAGUCCUACUCCCGGCCCUGGACCCACCGCGCAUGCAGCCCACUCCCCAUCCGUUCACGGCGGCACCCUCGAUGGGGAUACGCUCUCUGCUAAAUAUACCGGUCCUUAUGUGGUUAAGGAGAAACUGUCUGAUACUGACUAUAUUAUCAGCACGCCGGACAGGAGGCGAAAAACCCGCGUGUGCCACAUUAAUAUGUUGAAGCAGUAUCACUCCCGCGUUACACCGACCACGACGGAGCCCUCCCUUCAGUGUGUCUCCACUCUGAUUGUGGCUGACCAGGCCGCUGAGAGCGGACUGAAGAUGCGUAAGGAGCAUAGUCCGCGUCUCCCGAACUCUGAAAUGCUCACGGUUUUACCUGCCCAACUGAAGCAUUUGAGCGCUGAUCAGCAGGCUGACGUUCUGGCUGUUGUGGGACGAUUCAGAUGUCUGUUUGGGGACGUGGGUGGGGGUUUGGGGGGGGGUGUGGGGGGGUGGGGUGGUUUGUGGGUGGGGUUGUUUGUUUUGGUUGGGGGUUGGGGUUUGGUGGGUUGGGUGUGGGGUGGGGGGGGUGGGGGUGGUGGGGGUGGGUGGGUGGUGUGGGGGGGUUGUUUGGGGGGGGUGGGGGUGGGGGGGGUGGGGGUGGGGGGGGGGGGGGGGGGGGGGUGGGGGGGUGUGGUUUGGUGUGGGUUGUUUGGUUUGGGGGUUUGGGUUGUGGGGUGUGGGGUGGGGGGGGUGUGGGGUGGGGGGGGGUGUGUGGUGGGUGGUGUGGGUUGGGGGGUUGGUGUGGGUGUGGGUGGGUGGGUGGGUUUGUGGGUGGGGGGGGGGGGGGGUUUUUGGUGUGUGUGGGGGGGGGGGGGGGGGGUUGGGAGGGGGUGA